AUUUGUUAUUAAUGCAGGUCAAACGUUUAACUAUGAAGUCGUGAUUUGCUGUUUCCGACUGUCCGUAAAAGCAGCAACAGCAGAGACGUGGCCGUCGUUGCGGCUGUUGCGUUCAAGUGGCGCAGUGUCCCGUCUGGAGGCAGAGAGGGCGAAGUUUCACUCUCUGCAUUGCAGCCUGAGCGCUGCUGCUGGAAUUCAACACAACAAUGGCGACUCCCAGUCCUAACAGCAACUCCACUAGCUCCAGCAACAACAGCAACAUCGUAGGAUCAACGUCGCACCAACUCCACCAGCAAACACAGAGCAGCAGCAUGCAAGAAACCAACACCUGCUGGAGAUGUCAAAAUGAAACAGGGUUUCAGAUAAGCCUGUCUGGAAUACCCCAAAGUAAACGCAAAGCUCUGAAACUGAAUUUCGCUAACCCUCCAGUGAAACCGGCUUCCAGGCUCCCACUCAAUCCAACAGUUCCCUCUUUCCAGAACCCUCACAUAGAGCGCCUACGGACACACAGUAUUGAGUCAUCUGGGAAGCUGAAGAUCUCUCCUGAGCAGCACUGUGACUUCACUGCAGAGGAUCUGAGAGACCUCGGUGAGAUCGGCCGUGGGGCGUAUGGCUCCGUCAACAAGAUGGUCCACAAACCCACAGGCCAGAUCAUGGCUGUCAAGAGGAUUCGCUCCACUGUGGAUGAGAAGGAGCAGAAGCAGCUGCUGAUGGACCUUGAUGUAGUGAUGAGGAGUAGUGACUGUCCCUACAUUGUUCAGUUCUACGGCGCCCUCUUCAGGGAGGGGGACUGUUGGAUUUGUAUGGAACUUAUGUCUACCUCAUUAGACAAAUUCUACAAAUAUGUAUAUUGUGCAUUAGAUGACGUCAUUCCAGAGGAAAUAUUAGGCAAAAUAACAUUAGCAACUGUUAAAGCACUGAACCACUUAAAAGAAAACUUGAAAAUAAUUCACAGAGACAUCAAACCUUCCAACAUUCUUAUGGACCGAAAGGGGAAUAUCAAACUGUGCGAUUUUGGCAUCAGCGGCCAGCUGGUGGACUCCAUAGCCAAGACCAGAGACGCAGGCUGCAGGCCUUACAUGGCACCUGAAAGGAUAGACCCCAGUGCUUCUAGACAAGGCUAUGAUGUCCGGUCUGAUGUAUGGAGUUUGGGAAUCACCCUGUAUGAGCUGGCAACAGGAAGAUUCCCCUACCCUAAGUGGAAUAGUGUUUUCGAUCAGCUGACACAGGUGGUAAAAGGCGAGCCUCCCCAGCUCAGCAACUCAGAGGAGAGGCAGUUCUCCCCCAAGUUCAUCAACUUUGUUAACCUAUGCCUUACAAAGGAUGAAUCAAAAAGGCCAAAGUACAAGGAGCUUCUGAAACACCCUUUCAUUCUGAUGUAUGAGGAGCGUUUUGUGGACGUCGCCAGCUACGUGUGUCGCAUUCUGGAUCAGAUCCCUGCCUCUCCUAUCUCGCCCAUGUAUGUCGACUGACAGUUAGUCCAGGGAGGGUGGGGUGAGGGUUGGGGGAGGGGGGUCGUUAGCCAACAGUGGAUUGGACACUAAGUUUUGUGACACGACGCUUGACAUCUUAGCCCUAAGAGUUAGGUGGGAUCACCAGUUUAUUCACGUGUUCCAAAGAACAAAGGAACUAAGUCCGAAUUGCUCAGUGCAAUGAGACAAAUAUCCUUAAGCAAACCUUUCAACCUCCCAUCACCUCAUUUUAAAAUCCUAUAAUAUUGUCAUUCAUCUUCAGCCAGAAAAACUUGAAGCGAGAACAUUGUCUUAGUAAAAUGCAAUGUAUCUGUGUAUGUGAGGAAAAAGGAAUGGAGUGUAUAAAUAUAUAUAUAUACACACACACACACACACACACACACACACACACACACACACACACACACACACACACACACACACACACUUGAAUUUGUACACAAAUACAGAAUUUACCAAAUAAAAUGGUGAGCAGUGACGCUCUUGAUGUAUGAACAAAAAAGCCACUCAAUAGAUUGUACAUUGUGGACUGUAUGUAUGCAUAUGUGUGUUCACCUCUGAACUGUUGACAUGUACAAAUGUAUGCAGGUAGAUCUGCUGUCUAAACAGUCUUUUCAUGCAUUUGAUUGAGAGCACCUUUACUCACGGCAAAUGGUUGAGUAUGCAAGAGUGUUUCUCUGUGGAACACUCGUGGAUUCGGUAGCGCGGCUUUCUUUUUCUCUUUCCCCCAAUAUGCAAUCUGUGAGAAGCUGUCUUGAUAGAAAAAUCUCACAAACUGGCCUCAGCUCGUCUCUUUUGUUAUCAUUGUGUUUGAGUCAUAAAACUAAGCAUCUUUUUUUGAUUGAGAAUUUCCUGUGUUAGUCUUGCUGAGCAGCAACAGAACAGAGCUCAUGGUGGUAGAAAUUCCUAAUGAGGUAAUAUCAAAUGGCAACACCUGGUUUAAUGUAACUGGAUUUUUGUCAUUCAAAGAAGUAGCUACAGCUAAAGACGAUUGAUGGGUUAAAAAAAAAAGCAAAACAACACAAAGCAUGCUUCCAAAAUAUCCUUUAUAGGUUUUUGUUAAUAAAAAACGACAAAGGACAAGAUGAUGUAACAAUAGCUAACUAAGAUGAGAAGCCUACUAGCAAAAUAUAUGUUAAAUAAUUCUGUCCAUUUAAAAAAAAAAAAAAAAAAAAAAAAAAAAAAAAAGGAAGAAGAAAAAGCAGGUUUUAAAAAAAGGUUAAGAUUGGUAAAAUAAGGUAUACUAACUGAAUAGAAAUAUAGAAAUAUAUAUUUUUCUAUUAUGUAGAAUAAUUAAUUUUUUCUACAAAUAAUAGAAAAAUAGAAAAACUAUUUUUCUAUUAUUUGACUAAAAGUCAAAUAGGUGAGGAAAUAGAAAAGGCCAUUAUCAUUCUAAUAAAUGAAAGUUUAACAUCUAGCUAACGGUAUGUUUUUUUUUUUUUUCUAUUUGCAGUAAGCAAAUUAGUUAGAUAUAUGGUAAUAGGUCUUUGAUGCUAGCAAAACAACAUAAAGCAUUGGGUAAGAGAUCUGUAGAUUUGUAAAAUGCGCUAACAAAACAGGAAAAAAUAAACAUGUAAGCAUCGCUUCACUUUUGCACAUUGCAAGUAAAUGUUUGUUUGUUUUUUAUAUACCUUUAGAACGCCUAGUGUCGUAAAACCUAUGUAGUUCAAACAAGCUGCAUUGCCUCGCAGUUAAUGUAUUGAUUGAGAAACAGUCACCACUAGAUCAAAAUAGAAAGCCUGCUAGCAAAUGUAUCGUAUAGUUCUCUGGUGAGAGCAGCACAAGAUGAUAAACAAUUUUUUAACAUCAGUUUUACAAGUUUAAGAAAAAUUUGUAUUUUUUUUCUAGUUUAAACUAGAAAACACAACUACAAUAAGACUAAUGAAUUUGCCUGUUUUGUACACUACGAAAAUAUAUAUUAUGAUAAAACUUGUAAAAAGAAAAAAAAAAAGUUUUGUUCACAUUGUAUAAAUCAAGUAAGUUUAUUUUUUUAAUAUUUUUUUUGGCUAAUGGUGUGCCUAUUUUGGUCUCCAAGAAUAACUUCUCAAAAAAAGAGACUUAAUUUUUUGACUUUGCCAAAAUGAUAACACAAGAGACGUUAAGUGGUGCUAAUCCAGUGCUACAUUAGCCUAUUCCGCUGCAGGAACAUAGUGGGAGGUAGCCCUAAACAUUUACAGUUAUAGUCUUGUGGUUGGCCUUUUCAGUCUUAUUUUUCCAUUGCUUUAUAGGCUUAAAAAACCCAACAAUGUAAUUUUUUUUUUAAUGCCUUCGCCUGCAUUUUAAAUGCAAUCAGUUCGCAUUAAGGCAUACUGUUGUUCUUUCAGGACCACCCAGAAGUCUCCCAGGCUACACACUUUUUGUCCUACAAAAACAUCCUCGUUUCCAUACUCCUAACAAGUUCUUGUAGUGGAAGAUGUCCUAUACCCUGGUGUAAAGUUAGUUUAGGACAUUAUGUCCACUGUAAAUGUGUAUGUACAUAGAACACCUGCUGUUACUGGCAGGUUCUGCUCAACAGUUAAGGCUGAUUCCUAAACACAGAUGGUCAAACCAAGCACCAAGAUAGGUGUUAGAUGCAAAUUCUUUUAGUUUAGGAAUGAGGCUUAAUUUCACCUGGUAGCCUGUCAUAGCACUGUACAGUUAAACUUCUCAUCCACACUGAUCACAGAUCCACCGUGCUGCCAUGUAGCAGCAGUAACUACAAGUUUAAAAGUCUAGGCAUGGGAGUUCUGUCAAAAAAUAAAUAAAAACUGUAAAUGCUGCUAAAUCACAAACUAUUGACUUCCAUACCAACUACCGAACUGUCAGGAGAAGAGGAAUCUCACUCCACACACAGUUACUGCAUUUUCGUCCUUCAGUUCACCACGGACUCGGCAUGUUUCUCCAUGAUUUAGCAUGUCUUUCUGGCUUGCACUGAUGAUAGAAGAUUUCCAUGCCAAGCCAUGUAUUAAACUCGGAUGCAUCUCCAUAAUCCAAAAUGCCUCACCUGUCUUCCUUUGUCAGUUGUAAUAUUCUGGAGUUUUAUAUACUAGCGUGGCAGAAGGUCAAUGGGAGGCCACAAUUUUGAGACUAUUGAGAUGCACCCGUUGUCAUUCCUUUUCAGAAAGCCACAUCUACCAGGCGGGGCUUCUUAUCCACAGAAUGGCGAGACAAAUAUCACACUACUUGGCGAUAGCUAUUAACCAAACUGUAUGGAUGAUGGUCCUUUAAGUCUGGGACACUGUAGGGACUUCUACAUGCAUCUCCCAGAAACUACCACCAUUGUUGGAGUGGGUUGGGGAUGUUUUAGUGUGGCUUGUUUAAAAUGUUGAAUACUUCUGGCCUGUUUGGGAGGGCAACACAUUACAACCGCGUAGGUGGCGACGUUGUAGAACCCACACAAUUCUUUCGGUAAGAGACUUUCCAUUUCUAUGUCUGACGCGAAAUGGUGCAGACCCCAGAGAAAGCCCACAGACGGAGCCGUUUAACUUCAAACUGUCUCUAGAUCUGUUUUAUUCUGUCAUGUGUUUCCAGGAAGCUAACUUGACGCUGGUGAAUCUCCAGGGUACAUGUUGUAUAAAUUGCAAAAUUACUAGAAUGUUCAUAUUAGAUUAUAAGAUAUUAUUAAGGGCAAUGAAUAUUAUAUUGUAUCUUCAUCGAUGGUUACAAAUAAAGUUCCCAUGGAAAAGA